GCCCCACUCUUGAAAAACUCCACCAAUAAAAUUUGGCCACAUAGUUUUAUUAGUGAGAAAGUUUUUAUUCAAUUUAUGAACGCUGGCAAAUUUAGUUAUGUGUCGAGCAUCAAUUUAUUUUCCCCUGUAGCCUAUAAACACCCCAUCUGGAAUUCUAAGAAAUAAAAAUCAAAUCUUGGAAAUGGGGAAGCAUUUGCAUGACUGUCUGGCCUAGACUUGCUCAAUAACUUUAGUGGAAGUGAGAGAGAGAGAGCAUUGGAGUUUCCUCAAAUUGGGUUUGGCAUAAUCGCCCAUUUCUCUCUAUCUCCGAAGAUCGUGUGGAAAGCCAUUGAAAUACCUCUGCCUUUGUCUUUGCCACACCCACUGAUCUUCCUCUCUCAUGGGUUUCACAUAUUCUUUCCGUUGCAUCCAUCUAUCCCCAUAUAUAUGCUGAAGAUCCUCGCUUUCAAAUCUCUCCCCGACUUUGUAGUUUUUUAGUGGUUUUUGGUAAUUUUGUUUUUUCGUUUUGACUGUGGCGUGUAAAUGGCCAAUGCAUCUGCGUUCUUUACCACUCCUUCAGUUCCAAGCCUGAGGGGGAAGAUUCAGCCUUCAAUAAGCAUUUACCGAUCUGGGUUUUGCUGUCCUGAGAGGAUCUCCAAAAGGGUGUUCUGCUCCGGCACCAUUGAAGAGCAUGCUUCCGGAGUUUCCGCUUCUGAAUCUCGAGUGUCCAGGCUUGUCAGUAGAGGCUGCAAAUUAAUAGGAUGUGGCUCAGCAGUACCAAAACUUAAGGUUUCAAAUGAUGAUCUUGCAAAAAUAGUCGACACUAAUGAUGAAUGGAUAUCUGUUCGCACUGGCAUUCGUAAUCGACGGGUUCUUUCAGGAAAAGAUAGUUUGACAGCUUUAGCAGUAGAGGCAGCAGAGAAAGCACUUCAGAUGGCACAGGUUGAUCCUGAUGAUGUGGACCUAGUCUUGAUGUGUACAUCCACACCAGAGGAUCUUUUUGGCAAUGCUCCUCAGAUCCAAAAAGCACUUGGAUGCAAAAGAAAUCCCCUGGCUUAUGAUAUUACAGCUGCAUGCAGUGGAUUUGUAUUGGGUCUAGUGUCAGCUGCUUGCCACAUUAGGGGAGGUGGUUUUAAUAAUGUCCUGGUGAUUGGUGCUGAUUCUCUUUCUCGAUAUGUUGAUUGGACUGACAGAGGAACGUGCAUACUCUUUGGUGAUGCUGCUGGUGCUGUAUUAGUUCAGUCUUGUGGUGUUGAAGAGGAUGGUUUAUAUGGUUUUGACUUGCAUAGUGAUGGUGAGGGCCACAGGCAUCUAAAUGCAAGCGUCAAAGAAAAUGAAACAGAACAUGUGUUGGGUUCAAAUGGUUCAGUGUUAGAUUUCCCUCCAAGACGCUCAUCAUAUUCCUGCAUUCAAAUGAAUGGCAAAGAAGUUUUUCGCUUUGCCGUGAGAUGUGUGCCACAGUCAAUUGAGUCUGCCCUUGGAAAGGCUGGUAUGCCUGGGUCUAGCAUUGAUUGGUUACUGCUUCAUCAGGCGAACCAGAGAAUUAUUGAUGCCGUUGCAACUCGUUUAGAAGUCCCACCAGAACGGGUCAUAUCAAACUUGGCAAACUAUGGUAACACAAGUGCUGCAUCCAUUCCAUUGGCAUUGGAUGAAGCUGUUCGAGGUGGGAAAGUGAAAGCAGGCCAGACUAUUGCAGCUGCUGGCUUCGGAGCAGGACUGACAUGGGGUUCUGCUAUUCUCAGAUGGGGAUGAAACUCUUGACCUCUCCUGCCGAUUCAUCUAUACAGAAGACGAAGAGAAAUUGUUGAAAAAAGCGCAGCUCUGAAUUUCUCAGUUCACCUUCCCCAUGUAUUGCCUUGACAUGGUCUUCACCAUCUCUCUUUGUUUGUUUGGCUUUUGUUACUCUUUUUUUUUAGGCUUUAACAACCUUUAAUAAAAAUUUGAUUCUUUUUU